CGAAACAGAAAAUCCCUUGAAAAGGGCACCUGCUCCAUCAGAACGUCGGCCAUGGCGUGAUUCGCGCGCGUCUUAAUUCUCGGCGAAGUUAAUACUCGACAGAGGAUACGGAUCAUAAUCGUCUUUAGAUGACUUACAUUAGUGCCGUCACGGGUAUCGUCGCGCACUGAUUCGUCACACGAUCUACGUAACAAUGACUGAUGACGAUGAUAAUCCGCCACUUUUACACAUAUCGUAUCCAUUGAGCAACAUUAUGCAAUAUGUACAGGAGAUAAAGCUAUUUCCUGUAAGGCUAUAUAACCUCUUUUAAAGCACACUGAUUUGUUAUUAAUUGACUAAUUGCUGAAUCAGAAAAUUUAUUCGUAUAUCAACCAACUUUGGCAUGAAUUACCUAGUCUGUCCUCAUUGAACGAUAUCCUGCCAACGUCGGUCACGCCAUUUUGGGAUCGAGGUUGCCCAUCUUGAGAAAUUUCAUGAUCCUAGCCGUUUUCUCCCAGACUCUGCUCGCUCUGCUCUUUCCGGUUAGCGCUCUCUUACCAAGAUGCCGUCUGUAACUUUAAAAGACGUGGAUCAGCAAAAAUUUGUGAAGGCUUUUGCAGCCUUUUUGAAAAAGACUGGCAAAAUGCGUGUGCCAGAAUGGGUGGACAUUGUGAAGACAGCUAAAUUCAAGGAACUGGCUCCUUACGAUCCUGAUUGGUAUUACAUUAGAUGCGCAGCCCUGGUGCGUCACAUUUAUAUUCGUAGCCCGAUCGGAGUCGGUGCCGUUACAAAGAUCUUUGGUGGACGCAAACGUAAUGGUACUCAUCCCAGUCACUUUUGCCGAUCGGCGGGUGGUGUUGCGCGCAAGGCACUCCAAAGCCUGGAGCAGCUGAAGUUGAUCGAGAAGGCACCUCUUGGUGGACGUAAAUUGACUAGUCAGGGACGCAGGGACUUGGAUCGAAUAGCUGCGCAGGUUAAGGCUAAGAGCAAAAAACAGCUUAAGCUUCAAGAGACUGUACUUUAAUAUUAUUUUAUGUUUCUAUAAUAAAAUUAGAAAACAUUUAAACCUUUAAA